UUCACCAGUAUUAAUUUUAUGCACUAAUGAAAAGAGCAGCCGCCCCAUGAAUUUAAAUUUCAUUCACUACAUUUAACUGUCUAAGGAGAAAAUUUUGAAACCUUAAAAUUUGGAACCUCCAAGAAGGUCCAACGAACAUUCUCACCUCUCGAUUGUUUUGAUCAGGGCGAAGGAAUCAUCGAAGACAGCGACGAUUUAGGUUGUAUUGGGGAUGAUGGCGACGAUGAUAAUAUUUGGUGCAAGAAAUCUAUCGGUGGUGUUUAGCCAAUAGCGAUGGUAAAUAAACAGGGAUUGGUGGCGCUGGCUGUUUGACGUGGCGCUUGUUUAUUGGAGGGGACAGACUCCAGCUGGUGCCACGGGGCUGCCAAUUUGGAUGAACGGAGGUCCCCCAGAAUGUGAAACCCGCCCUAAUUUGAGGGCAGAGGGAUAUUCCGGUCGUUGGAAUGACGUCUGCCGCCACCAACCCAUCCUUACCCAAAAGACGCCGUAUUUAAACUUCACAUUCGCCUGCCGCCCCCAACCCUCCGUUUCUCUCUGCCUUGAUCAGAUUCAGCUGUGCAAUCCUUCAAUUUAUUUUUCUUCUUCUUUUUGGAUUUCAUUCAAGCAUACGAGCAGUACACAAUUGGGUUUAAUUUCAUCUCGGUUUUGUGGUGUAGUGGCAAAAAUGAAUUUCAGUUGGUGCUCAUCAUCUUCCGACAUGUUAUCUCCUUGUUUUGAGAGUUUUCAAUGCACACAGAGUUUCUUAGUGUCGAAACCUGUUGUGCGGUUUGGUUACUUUAUUAAGAGAGAGAAUAUUCAAGUCUGCAAUCAUGAUGCUAAAAAGGCGGUGAUAUCUAGUCAUUUGAUGCCUGAACACUUGGAAGGAUCAUAUUUGGGUAAGCGACAGUUGGAGGUGGCAACUCGCAAGUUAGAAUUUGUGAGGACAUUGUUGAUUGACAACUAUGAUAGUUACACAUACAAUAUUUACCAAGAGUUGUCUACUAUUAAUGGUGUUCCUCCUGUGGUAGUGCGCAAUGACGACUGGACGUGGAAAGAUGCUUGUUAUUACUUGUAUAAGGAGAAAGCCUUCGAUAAUAUUGUCAUAUCACCUGGACCUGGUUCUCCAACUUGUCCGGAAGAUAUAGGAAUAUGUCUUCGUCUGUUGUUGGAGUGCAAGGAUAUCCCUAUUUUGGGUGUUUGCCUUGGACACCAGGCAUUAGGAUAUGUGCAUGGUGCUCAUAUUGUUCACGCACCUGAACCAGUUCAUGGGCGCUUGAGUGAAAUUGAGCACAGCGGGUGCAGACUCUUCCAGGGUAUUCCAUCUGGCAGAAAUUCUGGAUUCAAGGUGGUACGAUAUCAUUCCCUUGUUGUAGAUGCAGACUCACUUCCAAGGGAACUUCUGCCAAUAGCUUGGACGUCAUCGACUGACACACUUUCUUUUCUUGAAACUGAAAAAUCUGAUUUUAUUACUGAUGCUUACGAGGACUGGGUUAGCCAAGAAAUUGCUAUUGAUUCUUUUUCAAAAAAAAUAAAAAAUAAAAGUUAUAGGACAUCCUUCCUUUCUGAGGGAAGGCAAAGCAGGAGAGUGCUCAUGGGCAUUAUGCACUCUACUCGGCCUCACUGUGGCUUGCAGUUUCAUCCUGAGAGUAUUGCGACUUGUCAUGGAAGGCAAAUAUUCAAGAAUUUCAGAGAGAUGACUGUAGAUUAUUGGCUCAGGUUGAACUCAUCCUCCAUCACUGAAAGAAAGGUUCACGAUACUGCAUGCAUGCAGAUGGCCCGUGCUCAUCGAUUAUUCAGAGAAGUUGCUGAAACUAAUCGAUCAAUGAAAGGCUUAAAUGGGAGGAGUAAUUUCAACCCUUGCAAUGUCACAAAUCUUUCCUGUCCAAGCAUUGGUACUAAAUUUCUGAAGUUGAACUGGAGGAAAUUUGAUGGCUUGGCUGCUCAAGUUGGUGGGGCAAGAUAUAUAUUCUGUGCUCUCUUUGGAGAUGAUACGGCUCAAAACACCUUUUGGUUAGACAGUUCCUCUACUGAAAAGGGAAGGGCGCGCUUUUCAUUUAUGGGUGGUAAAGGUGGAUCACUUUGGAAGCAAGUUACAUUCAGAUUGUCAGAUCAAAGUGACACAAAUUGUAAAAGUGGAGGUUAUCUUUUGAUCAAAGAUGCACAAGGCUCCAUCAAAAACACAUUUUUGCAUGAUGGUUUCUUUGAUUUUCUGAACAAGGAACUCCAAUCUUUUUGUUAUGAAGAAAAAGAAUAUGAAGGACUGCCAUUUGACUUUUUUGGCGGGUAUAUUGGCUACAUUGGGUAUAACCUUAAAGUAGAGUGUGGUGUGGCAUCUAAUUGUCACAAAUCAAGGGAUCCGGAUGCUUGCUUUUUCUUUGUGGAUAAUUUUGUAGUGAUUGAUCAUCAUAACAAUGAUGUUUAUGUCAUGUCCUUGCAUGAUGGAACAAGAAGUAGCACACCGUGGUUGGAUGAUAUAGAGCACAAGCUUCUGAGCUUAAAAGCUCCUGUUAGAGGAAAGAUCAGGUUGCAGACUUCACAGUGUGCGGCAUCCAAUCCAUGCGAAGCAGGUUUUCUUAGUGAUCAAUCUAGAGAUCAAUACAUAAAAAAUGUUGAGAGGUGUCUGACAUUUAUUAAUGAUGGAGAAAGCUAUGAGCUGUGUCUUACAACUCAGAUGAGAAGGAGAAUAGAGGAAGUAGAUUCUUUGGGACUUUAUCUUAACCUCAGGGAAAAAAAUCCUGCGCCAUAUGCUGCCUGGCUUAAUUUUAAGGAGGAGGAUCUAAGCAUCUGUUGUUCUUCUCCUGAGAGAUUUCUUCGGUUAGAUAGAAAUGGAAUUUUGGAAGCAAAGCCAAUAAAAGGCACUAUAGCUCGUGGUUCAACUCAACAGGAAGAUGAACAGCUAAAAUUUAGACUACAAUACAGUGAAAAGGACCAAGCUGAAAAUCUAAUGAUUGUUGAUCUUCUGAGGAAUGAUCUGGGCCGUGUUUGUGAGCCUGGCUCUGUUCAUGUUCCCCAUCUUAUGGAUGUGGAAUCAUAUGCAACUGUUCAUACCAUGGUGAGUACAAUCCGGGGAAAAAAGCGAUCAGAUGUAAGCCCAGUGGACUGCGUGAGGGCAGCAUUCCCCGGCGGUUCGAUGACAGGUGCACCCAAGUUGAGAUCAAUGGAACUUCUUGAUUCUCUUGAAAGUUGCUCCAGAGGCAUUUAUUCUGGCUGCAUUGGGUUUUUCUCAUAUAGUCAGACAUUUGAUCUUAACAUUGUGAUCAGAACGGUUGUAAUCCAUGAGGGUGAAGCUUCCAUUGGAGCAGGAGGCGCUGUAGUUGCUCUUUCCAAUCCUGAAGAUGAGUAUGAAGAAAUGGUUUUGAAAACACGUGCCCCAGUAAUGGCUGUGACGGAAUAUCAGAAGGAUUAAGUCAUUAAAAUAGUUGCAUUAGACAUUAUUUGUGUGCUGUGUAAUGUGCUUCAAUGUAUUUUCUCCAUUUUUUCUUGAUCUUCUGAAAUCAUAAUGAAAGAAAUCAAAAUAGGCACUAGAACUAGUUCUUCACAUUUUGUUACUUGAUUCAUGAUUUAUUCAUUUAUGGGUAAAUUGUACUCAUUUCUCCAGACGUUUGGUUAUUCUUUAGAGACCUCCCCUGGUUUCAAUUAUAACAAUCUUCCCUGUUGGCUGCAAUUUUCUGCCAUUAAUAAUGAGCUCACAGGAGAGGACAUUUUUAUCCCUGUGAAGUGUGUACAAUUGGCUG